AUGAGCAUCAGCGAAAAUAACUGGAAUGCUUCUUUCCUUAUACACUUGAGUUAGCAAAAAAGAAAUUAUUUGUAGAAUUGUCUAAACGAGGACAUUACUCCACAUGUUUCAAUAAUUACAAUUUUUAAAAAGUCUGAGUAGGACCCUCAUUAGUAUAUAGAAAUGAAUUUGAGCAACCAAGGACUAAACGAUAUAGAUAUUUUGCCUCUUUUGAGAACACUAUCAAAUGACAAAUAUAUAUUGACGAUAGAUUUCAGCUAUAAUUAAUUAGAAUAAAUAACCUGUUUCUUCGACCUUAUUAACGAUUAGAAUACAAUUCAAGCAGUAAUUCUUACAGGCAAUUACCUAAAUGAAAAUCACAUUCAAAAAUUGAAAAAUUUUGCUAUUCAAUCAGAAAAGAAUAUUUGCAUAGAAUCAGAAAGCUAGUAUUCAUUUAAUUAGAUGUGUAUUUAAUAGCAAUAGUAGCAGUAAGGUAAGGCUUAAUCUCUUAGAGAGCAGGUAUUAGAGAAAAUAAAUCAAGCAAAGUAAAACAUUAAUAACUCAGCUAGUCAUAGCUCAAGCAUAGCUUCUAAUUCUACCAAUGCAUAGCAACUAACUACAAAGCAAUCUUAAAUUGGAGACAAUAAUUCAAACACUUCUUAAUAAAGCUAGGCAUUUAACAUUAAUUCAACAUUAAAUUCUUGCUAAAGCAAUAAAACUAUAUAGUCACCUUAUUAGUAAUUACAAUAAUAAUAGCUCCCAAUAUAAUAAGUUUCUAGUUUCAAAGCAGGUUUAAUUAAAUAAGAAAGCAUUUGUAAUUAACAGCAAUUAAAUUAGCAGUAAUAAAAAAUUUCAAAAGUUAGAACUGGGGUUUUACUUAAUUCUAUGGUGCCACCUCUUGAUUUACAGAGAAUAGCUGUUUAAAAGAAACCAAAUGCUGUGACUGAUAGAUCUUUAUCUCCUUGUAAUAGCAUUAACUAAUAAGGAUUAUUAUAGAAUUAGAUUAUCUAGAACUAGUAACAAAAUACAGAAAGAAUUAACACUAAUGAAUAAAAUAGCUCAAAUAGAUAACCUUAUCAUAUGGUUAGUGGAUAUUUUUCUAGCAGACAACCUUACAUGAAUCAAUAGUAAUCUACAACUAAUAUUCAUGGCAGCAAAAGCCCUAUUUCGAAUAGAGAGUCAAACCAAAAAAUUCUUAUUAUGAGUAGAAUGAAUUGGCUUAUUGAAAUUAGAAAUAUCUUCGAAGGAAUUGAAAAAUAGGGAAAAGCUAGCAUUUAAGAUUUAGUUAAUAGCAUUAUUAGUAAAUAAGAAGAUUUUUAAUUGCUUGAAGAAGAAAAAUAUAAUGAAAAAUACAAUGAACUAGGAUUGAGUGUUAAAGAUGUUACUAGAGAGUUAAGAUAUUAUAAAAAUUAGUUUAUUACAAUGGAUGAAAUAUUUAACUUAGUAGGGAAUAUUUAGCCUGAGCAGGCAAAAAUCAAAAGAUGCAUUAACAUAUUCUAGCAAGGUGAUAAAACAUACGAGUAAAUUGAAAAGAUGAGAAGAAAAGUUAAUGGAAGUAAUGGUAAUUUGAAAGCAAAUAACUAAACAAGCUUGGAAAGGAGUAACAGCUAAAUAAAUGUAAAUGGAAUCACAAUACAAACUCAAUUACCAUUUGCUAAUAUGAAUUCAUAAAACACAUUGAAGACUCCAAAAAACCAAGCCAUUAUGAAUAUUAAUUCAGCUUGCAAUACAAACCAAAAUUUUAAUGCUAAUACAAACAAUAAUAAUAUUAACUAAAACAAUCAACAAAGUUCUUCUUCGAAACACCAGCACUCUCAAAGCUAUAAUGGAAAUAUGCAAGUAUUAAAUGGAAACAAUCUUGUUAAGAGCAGAAAAAAUCUACAAGAAGCAUUUUAAGAAUAAGAGAAUUUAGAAAAAGAUGAUAAAAUUCCAACAUGCGAACUACCUAAAUAAAAUAAAUAAUAUUUCCCUUCAACUCGCCAUAAAAAGAGAGACCAAAUGAGAUUAAAAAAUGAAAAUAUGAUUAAUGUUUAAUUUUAAAAUAACACAAACAUCGAAAUGUCUAAAAGCAACAUAGAAGGUAUGUCUUCACCUGUAAAUAAAACUUAGAUCCCUUCUUCUUAUUAAUAUUAAUUUUCAAAUUAAAAUAUUGCUUAAAAUCAAAUGCCAAAUCAAGAUAAGGAUACAAGAUUUAUAUAAAAGGAAAGUGAUAAAUAAAACAGUGAUAUUUUAAUUACUUUGGCAUAAGAAGAAUUAGAAGAAUAUAAAAUAUGCAACAAUCCUUAUCAAUAAAAUAAUAAAAAAUAAAAUAAAAAUAUCACUGAAUAUAAAGCUUAGAACUGUUAUAACUUGUAAAACUAGCAAUUAAAUUCAAACUAACAGUUUAACAAAAUACCUCCUUUACCAAACAGCUCAAGAGUUCACCACAGCAGCAAUGUCAAUCUUCCUCCAAAAUAAAAUCAAUUAAAUAGAAACUGUUCAUCUGUAGGAAAAUUUUAAUCUCCUUAAUGCAUUAAAAAACUAUCUUCAAAUUAAUCCUCUGGUGGUGGUUAUGUUAAUAACUCACUUUAGUUCAAAUCUCCUGAAAAAUCAAUCAGAGAUGAAAAUAAUCUUAGUCCUAGCUAAUAUUUUGUAAAGCCAAUAGAAUCAAUUAAAAAACAUUCCACUAAUGACUUAUUAAACAAUCUCACUUCAAAUAGUAAAAAAAUAAAAAAUUCUUAAAGUCAAUCAAAUAUCAUACAAGAUCAACAAUAAUAAUUAAACAAUUUAUAUUAAAAUCAACAUGUUUUCACCAACAAUUUAGUUUAAAGCACCACUAACAAUUACUUACUUAACAGCAGUUAAAACACUUAAAAUACAAACUCAAACAAUAAUUAUAAUAAUGUAAAUAGUCUUAAAAAUAAUACUUAAAAUAAUAACAACAAUAUUCAAAUCAAAUCAAAUGUUGAAAUUUAAAAGCUCCCUAUUAAUAUAAAUAACAUUCAAAAUUAACAAAAUAAUGCACAUAUUUAAGAGAAGAGGAUCAACACUGAAGACCAUGAUAUAGAAACUGCCAGAUUCCAUAGAGAAGAUUCUCUUAAAUAAUUUGAUUCUAUUAAAAAAUCAAAUUAACCUUAUUUCACUAACUCCAAUGAAGAUAAAAAGAAAAACUCACUAAACAAUGAAGAAAAUAUUUUAAACAGCAAAAGUAAAAAAGUAAUUGUCAUAACUUAAUAACAGCAAGCUGAAGCCUUAGCUUUUUCUCAAAGAGGUAUGCCUCCAAAGAAAGCUUUACAAAAAGUUAGUUCUCAAUGCUAAUUACUGUAAAAUCCUAUAAAUAACUUACAGCAUUCAAAUACUUAAUCAGCUCUUUCUUCUACAAGAGCAAAUCAAUCAAACGACAAAUGCUUUGUAAGCUUAUCAAAGUAAUAAAUGCAAUUAUAAUAAUAAUAAUAAUAAAUAUCAGAAGUUUAACAAGAAAAUUAAUAAAUCUAAAAUAUUUAAAGAUAAUCAAGCAGCUUAACUUUGAAAUAGCAACUUAAAUAACUUGGUUUGUAAGGAAACAAUCAACAAUAAAAUAAUUAAUAAAUCUAAGAUUAAUUUUCUAGAGAGAAACAAUAACAAAUUUAGUCCAAGUAGUAAUUUGUGUAGCAAAAUAAAUAAAAUGGUUUCGGUCAAGUAAUGAAUAACGAAAGUGGAGGAAAUGUGGAUUAUAUGAUUAAUUCACCUUUUUCCACAUAAAUGAAUAUUUCAGCUAUAAAAAUGAAUGAAUCUUGCAUGAAAAACGUAACUCUUUAAGACAUCGCAACAGAACUGAUGGCUUUAGGUGAAACUAAUAACAAGGAUAUUGUGGAUAUUUCCAAGCUUAUGUAAACUACAACGACAGUUUAUAAUAACACAUCGAAUUUAGCUGCUUCUACAUAGAAUAUUAAUAAUACAAAUAUAUUCAAUUCUCUUCAAGCAGGAAAUAAUGCAGCUCCCAAUUUCGCUUCAGGAAACAGCACACCAAAAGUUAUUUAAAAUUAAAAUUAAAAUAUGAUUGCAAAAUUUAGUAAUGGUACUAUUUGUGCUAAUAAUAACUUAAAGAAUGAGCAGCUCGAAUGUAUUAUGGAAAAAGUAGUUUAAGAGAACACAAUCAACUAAGAUGAAGAUGAUGGAGACAGUAAAUAAAAUAGUAAAAAGCCAUUGAAGUUAGAAGAAAGUGAAUAAAGUAUCUCUGUUUAGAACUAAAAUGAACAAAUCACUCCUUCAGCCUCUCCAACUUUAAAUAAUUAAAAUUCUCAUUUAAUCCAAUCAGUUUAAUCAGACGAUGAUAGAAGAGAACUUACUUUUAGUUCAAGAGCUAUGCAAAAAAUAAUGAAAAAAAGAUAGUUCAAUUUUAAUUAAAACUCUAUCAAUAGUGAUUCAAUUUCAAAUGCUAACUAAAACAACAGUCGAGUUUCUUUUUAGUAAAAUUGCAACAGUUAUAUCAAAAAUCUCAACACAAGUGCUAACCUCUCUAGUAAUACAAAAUACAAUAAUGAUCCAAAUAUUUUUUCUUUUAAUGAUUCUGCAAAUAAACAUUUUUGUCAAAAUAUCUAAGAAAUUUCUCACAGCUCUUAAAAUAAAUAAGAUCAAAAUAAAAAUAUAUCUGAAUUUUAAGGUUCUAAUCAGAUUAAGACAAAUAUGCCUCCUGAAAACUUACGCAGAAUACUCGAUAAGGAAUUUCCUACAGGAUUAAUUAAGUAACAAGAUGAAAUUGAUGACAGUUUAGCUGAUUUCCUUGUUAGCAAUAACUUAUCAGAAUACAUCAAUUUUCCUAAGUAGUUAGUAAACAAUAAUGAGAGAAAUAGAGAGUCUAUAAAUAAUAACUAAAACAAAUAAAAUAUCCAAAAUUACGGAGUUUAUUCUUCAUUUGGUAAUAAAAACUAAUUGAUCUAAAACAGCUAAGAAAAUUACUCAGGUUCAAUGAUGCAAAAGAGUUAAAGUUUCAUCAAUAUUUCUUCUACUUAGCAGAUUUCUAAUAUUGAAAAUGAGCAAUUAGAAAUUUAAGAUAUUUCUCGCUUGAAUUAAUUAGAAGGAGAAGACGAUGAAGUAAUUUUGAAUGAGCAAAGUACAUUUUCUCGUUUAUAAUUUAGGGAAGACGAAGAGAAUAGUUAGUUAUUUGAUGAAGAAAACGAAGAUGAAUCUGAUAAUAAAAAAAUUAAAUUCAAUCAGAAUUCUAAAUAAAAAGUAAAUAAAAAUUAAAAUGAAGUAGAAGACUUUAACAAGAAACAAAAGUCUAAUUUUGUCUAAUAAAAUUUACUUGAAAAUAAUAAUUUAAAAGAAAAAUAAUAAAAUUUAGUUAGCUCUUAAUAGGAAUAUCCAUUAAUUUUUGGCGAAAACUAGAUAUUGACGUAGUCAUACAAUGAUGAAAGCAGCAAUUUCUUUACAGUAAAAUCUUAGUUUGAAAAAACAAGCAUAAUGUUUAAAGACUUAGUUAAAAAGAUGAAUGACGAUUGCAGCAGAAAUUUAAGUGAAAAUAAAAGAUAACUUUUGCAAUAAGUUUGCAACUACAUCCCAUAUGAAGACAAUGAAUUACCCUUCUAUGCAAUCAAGUUUGAUUACAUCAAAGAAAAUCCUGAGCACAUUGAAAUUUUAUCUUCUUAACUUAUGCGUUAAUAUUUCUAAAAUGCGUAAGCAGUCAAAAUAACAUUCAGUCAAAUAGAAAAAAUUCCAUAAUUUUCAUCAAUAACAAAUUAAAAUCUGCUCCACAAUAAUUUGAGAAUUCUUAAUUUAUCCUUUAAUAGCAUCAAGUCUCUGAAAUCAAUAACAACUUCAGAUCUUCAUAACCUUGAAUUCCUAAACAUUAGUUAUAAUUAUCUAGAGAACUUGGAUGGCUUAGAAGAUCUUUACAAAUUAAGAGAACUCCAUGCUUAAAACAAUUAAAUUUCAUUUAUACAUUCAAAAAACACAGCUCCUCUUGAAUAAAUUAGAUAAAUUGACUUACAAAACAACUUACUUCCAAAUCUAGAAGCCCUUGUUGCUCUUUAACAAAACAAGUUCCUUGAAUUACUUAACUUUUAAGGAAAUCCUCUUACAUAGUUCCCCAAUUACUCAAAAUAAGUUUCUAAAUUGCUAAACCAUGUGAAGGCAAUAGAUAUUCCUGACCCCAACAUCAUCAUUUAUACUUUAUCUGAUUAUAGCAAGUAUCGUGAGAUAUGUUUCAUAGAGGAGAAUGAGUUGAAGACAUUUUAAAUGAGGCAAUAAAUGAAGUAAAGUAUGAUAAAAAAUUCAUAGGAAGUGUAGAAGAAAGUAUAAAAAUUAACAGUCAAUACAAAUGACUAAGAAAAUUAAGCAAACAAAUUCAAUUAAAUCUAUUAGAAUAACAUGCCACAAAAUUUACAGUCUCCCUCUAAAAAAAUAUUAUAAUAUCGCUCUCUAAGUCCUCAAAGUAAUAAUUAAUUUUAAUCUUUUGCUGCAAGUAAAAUACAACAGUAAUCAAGUUUUUACUUCUAGAGCAGUAGCAGUAACUAAAACUAGCAGCAAACUAGUUAAAGUUUAAAGUAAUCAAACAUCAACUAAAUCUAGUAAGUAAAUCAUUAAAACUCUUUAGCUGAUAAUUAAGAUUGUAAAGAGAGUUAUUACUUUCAAACUGAAAGAGGCAGUCAUAGCAGCAAUCAUUAGUAAAUGAAAUCUUAGAAUAAUGAAAUCUAUUAAUCUUCCACCAAUAUUUCUUCUAAUUUAAUAAACCAAUAAAAAAUGCCUUAAUCAAUUCAAUUAAUGAAAAAAAGUAUUUGUAGUGUUUAAAGUGAAAAUUCUUUGCCUCAAUAAAAUAUUGAAUCAAUUAUCCAAAGAUAAAAAUUAGAGUAAUAUCCAAGCUAGCUCAAUCUUCAAGAAAAUCUUCCUCUAACAAAUAGAUAAAAAUCAGAAAAGCAAAAUAAUUCUAGAGAAGAAGAACAACCAAAGAUUUUAAUUAAUUAUAAAAAGCAAGGUCACAACAUAUACCAGCUAAGCUAAAAAAAUGAAUUAAUACAUCAAGAAGACACUUAAUAGUAAUUCAGUUAAUAUAACAGUAAAGAUAAAGAGUAUUUUUACCAAGAUGAAAAUGUAAACGAAAUUAAUAUUUAGCACAGUUAAUCCUAGAAUUAGUUCUUUGUUUAGAAUCAAAAUUCUAAAAUAUCCCAAUCCUACCAGCCUUAUUAAAGCACAGAUGAAUAAAAUAAAUAAGAAGGCAAAAAACUUUUUAAGAAUCCCAGUUAAUUGUUCUAAUAGAAUUUUUAAAAUCUUCAGACGAACCAAAAGCAGACUGGAUAGCUCUCACAAAUGAUAAAAAUGAAAAUAGGAAAAGCACAACAACAAUUCCAACAACAGCAAUAGUAAAACCCCAAGAAAUUUUGA